CUGCGUGUUGCCGUACAGCGGCGAUUGGAUAAAUCGCUGACUCAGCUGAAGGGCAUGGUGGCGGCGGUGAAGAAGUCGGCGGAUGCGGAUGCAGCCGCCGCCGGCACCUCCGCCGCCGGGGCCGCCAGCAGCGAUGAGGAGUCCGCGGAGCCCUCCGCAGCAGCAGCAGCAGCAGGUGGCGGGGUGUUGGAGCCGAAGCUGCGCUCCUACCUGAACCUCUACCGCAAGCUGUACCCGGUGGAGGAGGAGGAGGCCGUUCUGGGGGAGCUGGCGACACAGAGCGGGGUGGAUGUGGCGGUGCUGCGGCGGGCGGCCAGUCAGGGCCGACCCGGGGGGCAGCGCAAGCGCCCGGCGGGGUCCAAGGCCGCCGCCGCCGUCGCCACCUCGGACGAGGUGCUCAGGCAGCAGGCGUCCUCCAUCGCAGCGGAAGUGCAGCGGGGCCUGACGGCUGGGGUGCCCGGAGCUGGAGGAGGAGGUGCAGCGCCGGCGGGAGCAGGUCGUGGUGCAGGCGGGG